GAUCUUCUUUUCGCCGCCGGAGAAUGAUCGCCGCCGUUAGAGCAGCGAUUCUCAAGCCGCAAGCCAAUCCUUCUCACCUCAAUACUGCCUUUUUCCAUUCUACUCCCAUCCUACAACGCAAUCAUCAAUCCAAUUCAAAAGCUCGAAACAGGAGCUCUGGAAGAAAUAGGGCAAAGCCAGACUUACGUCGCAAUGUGAAUGCUUUUGCAGAACAUUUAUUUGGGAUUUGGAGUGAUGGGUUUGAUUACUCUGGUAAGCACGCCUCGUGGUUUGAAAAACAGUACUCAAGGGUUUGCAAAAGAAACCGGAUUGGUAGACACAUCCCUCAUAGUUUGGAUAAAAGUUGUUUUGAUUUCUGCGGAGUUGAUGAGGGAUCUGAAAUCGAAUACUUUAUACGGACUACAUUGGGUGGAUCCAGGGGUUUCUCUUGCUCAUUCACACAUAAAGAGAGCAAAUCUCGAUGGAGAUCCCGAGAUUUCUCUGGUUCAAACACCCAUGAAGAGGGGGAAACUCGCUCGUGGAGGUAUUCUUCUAACAGUUCUGGACGAUCUUGGGGCUCGAGACGACGAUUAGAUCAAGACGAAGAUAAACAAGAACAAGACGACGGAUAUACUUCAACAGAAUUCAGCGACUUAGGCUCAAACCAAGAGUCUCAUAGACAGGAACUUGGUCUGAGUUCCUCAGGUCCCUUAAAUCUUGAAGAUGUCAAAAAUGCAUACCGAGCUUGUGCAUUAAGAUGGCAUCCAGAUCGUCACCACGACUCUACCAAGAAUGCAGCCGAGGAAAAAUUCAAGCUCUGCACUGUGGCAUAUCAAUCGUUAUGCGAAAAGCUUGCCAUGAACUAAUAGGAUAGUUUAUCUCCUCGGGUUUUUGAAUGUACACUGUGAUAAGAGUUGGAUAGGGUUUAUCGACUCACCGGGUGCCUUGGUCAGAGUGAGUCAUAUUUAAACUCAGCUUUGGUCCAGUAAUUCUUGUGUUAACAAUGGCAGAUUGUAGAAGCCUCCAUUUGUUGAUAGCUACUUUCAGAA